GUUGAGCCUCGGUGUGUGUAACUGUGAUGUGUCAAAAGUUAUUAAUCUGUGUAUAUUUUAUUGUGUUGAAUUAAAAUACUUAUUUAUGGUGACCUAACGCAAAGAGAGAAGGAAUUAUCCUUCUUUACUUAUUGUUUUGUGAAGUGUUUGGUAGUGCCGGAGUUUGUUAGUGCAAAGAGUAAGUUGGGAGAAAUCUCUAAAAUAUGGCGGAUUCAAGUUAUUAUCAGGGGGACUACAUCCGCCAUCCGGUGCUGUACGAGUUGAGUCACAAGUACGGCUUUCAAACAGAGGCGGUUCCUGAGGCGGCGCUUCCAUGUAAACUGGAGGAACUUAAGGAACAUAUUCGGCGUGAGAUUCGGAAAGAGCUUAAAAUUAAAGAGGGGGCAGAAAAAUUAAGGGAGGUUGCUACUGAUCGUAAAUCUUUAUCAGAUGUUGCACAUAUCGUUAAAAAGUCAAAUUCAAAAUUGGGGGAACUGCAUGCCGAAUUGCAGGAACUAGAGAGUCAAAUUAUUUUAACACAGGGACAAAGUGCCUUACCUUCGCCUCUCACUCCACCCACAUCCAACAACGGACAUGAUGGGUACUCGUCGCCGGUGGUGGCGGCCCCGCAGAACUCCGGGUUCGCCAACGACCUCCGACUGGUCUCCCUGGAGAAACAGCUCAACAUCGAGCUUAAGGUUAAGCAAGGAGCAGAGAACAUGAUCCAGAGUUUAACCAGUGGACAUACUCGGGACAAGAAGCUGCUGGCAGAGGCACAACAGAUGUUGGCUGACUCUAGGGCCAAGAUAGAGUACCUGCGCAUGAGGAUCAUGAAGGUUAAACAGAAUCGAACACAGAAGUCGCAAGAUCAUUCCUCUAAUGGUGACCUCUCCCAUAAGGAUAAGGUGGAGAGCAACUUGGAGCUCCCACUGGAGGAGAGAGUGGAAGAGUUGCGACACAGGCUGAGGAUAGAAGCUGCUGUGGUGGGAGUAACCUUCAUGGUCUUGUUGCAGAUAAAGUGGAGAGCAGCUUGGAGCUCCCACUGUGGAGAGCAGCUUGGAGCUCCCACUGGUGGAGAUAGUGGAAGAGUUGCGACACAGGCUGAGGAUAGAAGCUGCUGUGGUGGGAGUAACCUUCAUGGUCUUGUUGCAGAUAAAGUGGAGAGCAGCUUGGAGCUCCCACUGGUGGAGAUAGUGGAAGAGUUGCGACACAGGCUGAGGAUAGAAGCUGCUGUGGUGGGAGUAACCUUCAUGGUCUUGUUACAGAUAAGUGGAGAGCAGCUUGGAGCUCCCACUGGAGGAGAGAGUGGAAGAGUUGCGACACAGGCUGAGGAUAGAAGCUGCUGUGGUGGAAGUAACCUUCACGGUCUUGUUGCAGAUAAAGUGGAGAGCAGCUUGGAGCUCCCACUGGUGGAGAUAGUGGAAGAGUUGCGACACAGGCUGAGGAUAGAAGCUGCUGUGGUGGGAGUAACCUUCAUGGUCUUGUUACAGAUAAGGUGGAGAGCAACUUGGAGCUCCCACUGGAGGAGAGAGUGGAAGAGUUGCGACACAGAUAAGGUGGAGAGCAACUUGGAGCUCCCACUGGAGGAGAGGGUGGAAGAGCUGCGACACAGGCUGAGGAUAGAAGCUGCUGUGGUGGAAGUAACCUUCAUGGUCUUUUUGCAGAUAAGGUGGAGAGCAGCUUGGAGCUCCCACUGGAGGAGAGAGUGGAAGAGCUGCGACACAGAUAAGGUGGAGAGCAGCUUGGAGCUCCCACUGGUGGAGAUAGUGGAAGAGCUGCGACACAGGCUGAGGAUAGAAGCUGCUGUGGUGGGAGUAACCUUCAUGGUCUUGUUGCAGAUAAAGUGGAGAGCAGCUUGGAGCUCCCACUGGAGGAGAGAGUGGAAGAGUUGCGACACAGAUAAGGUGGAGAGCAGCUUGGAGCUCCCACUGGAGGAGAGGGUGGAAGAAUUGCGACACAGGCUGAGGAUAGAAGCUGCUGUGGUGGGAGUAACCUUCAUGGUCUGGUUACAGAUAAGGUGGAGAGCAACUUGGAGCUCCCACUGGAGGAGAGGGUGGAAGAGUUGCGACACAGAUAAGGUGGAGAGCAACUUGGAGCUCCCACUGGUGGAGAUAGUGGAAGAGCUGCGACACAGGCUGAGGAUAGAAGCUGCUGUGGUGGAAGUAACCUUCAUGGUCUGGUUACAGAUAAGGUGGAGAGCAACUUGGAGCUCCCACUGGAGGAGAGAGUGGAAGAGUUGCGACACAGAUAAGGUGGAGAGCAACUUGGAGCUCCCACUGGAGGAGAGAGUGGAAGAGUUGCGACACAGGCUGAGGAUAGAAGCUGCUGUGGUGGGAGUAACCUUCAUGGUCUGGUUACAGAUAAGGUGGAGAGCAACUUGGAGCUCCCACUGGAGGAGAGGGUGGAAGAGUUGCGACACAGGUGGAGAGCAACUUGGAGCUCCCACUGGUGGAGAUAGUGGAAGAGCUGCGACACAGGCUGAGGAUAGAAGCUGCUGUGGUGGAAGUAACCUUCAUGGUCUUGUUGCAGAUAAGGUGGAGAGCAGCUUGGAGCUCCCACUGGUGGAGAUAGUGGAAGAGCUGCGACACAGGCUGACGAUAGAAGCUGCUGUGGUUGAUGUAACCUUCAUGGUCUUGUUACAGAUAAGGUGGAGAGCAACUUGGAGCUCCCACUGGAGGAGAGGUGGAGAGCAACUUGGAGCUCCCACUGGAGGAGAGAGUGGAAGAGUUGCGACACAGGCUGAGGAUAGAAGCUGCUGUGGUGGAAGUAACCUUUAUGGUCUUGUUACAGAUAAGGUGGAGAGCAACUUGGAGCUCCCACUGGAGGAGAGAGUGGAAGAGUUGCGACACAGGCUGAGGAUAGAAGCUGCUGUGGUGGAGAGCAACUUGGAGCUCCCACUGGAGGAGAGGGUGGAAGAGUUGCGACACAGGCUGAGGAUAGAAGCUGCUGUGGUGGAAGGAGCCAAGAAUGUCAUCAGACUGCUGCAGAGCUCUAAAGUGGCUGACAAGAAAGCCCUACAAGAGGCACAAGCGUCGCUGUCCGAAUCUUCUCGCAAGCUUGAUCUGCUGCGGUGUUCGCUGGAGCUACGCCACAAGGAGUUGCCGCCGGACUCAGCUGCGGCACAGCAACUCAAGGCAGAGAUACAGAGUGUCCAGGCUACCAGCCCUGGGCCUGUCACCUACACUAGUCUGCAGCCCUUCCCUCGUCAUGACGCCGCCAAGCCUGCCUCCAGCAACCCUUCUAGCCUCAGCCGCACAGCUGCUGUCACUGGCAAGCUGGAAGUCAGGCUGAUGGGGUGCCAGGACCUGUUGGAGGAUGUGCCCGGAAGGUCCAGGAGAGAGAAGGACAACUCGUCCAGUCCAGGAGAUCUGAGGUCCUUUGUCAAAGGAGUGACAGGCCGCAGUUCCAGUAAGAGCUACAGCGUCAAGGAUGAAACUAGCAAUGAGAUCAUGGCAGUUAUCAAGUUGGACAACCAGACAGUGGCCCAGACUAGCUGGCGUCCCUGCUCACAACAGGCUUGGGACCAGAGGUUCUCAAUAGAACUAGACAAGUCGCGAGAGCUAGAGAUAGGAGUGUUCUGGAGAGACUGGCGCUCGCUGUGUGCCAUCAAGUUCCUGAGAUUGGAGGAGUUCAUAGACGACAUCCGACAUGGCAUGGCUCUGCAGCUGGAACCCCAGGGUCUUCUGUUUGCUGAGAUUAAAUUUUUGAAUCCGAUGAUCUCACGUAAACCCAAGCUGCAAAGGCAGAGAAAGAUCUUCAAGCAGCAGGUGAAGAACUUCCCACGAGCCAAGCAGAUGAAUAUCAAUGUUGCCACAUGGGGCAGACUGCUGAAGAGGUCGUCGCCCUCCAUACAGAACUCUAGGACACACUCAGAGAGUCCACCUUCUACUGGGAGUGAGGUGGAAGACAAGCCAGAAGCCCCAGGUGAGGCCCCAGACCCGGGUGUGGCAGGGCUGAGUGGUGCCAGGCCGCUGGGUAUGGGUGUAGCAGUGCUGCCCCCGCUGCCCCCAGACAUGCCUUUCCUCCCCUCCGCUGUGGCUAAGAAGCGACCUCCUACCUUGCCUACUGUACCUCCGCCACCACCGCCACCUCCACCUAGACUUGACCAGGAGUUGCAGAGUGCGCUGAGAGAGUUUGACUUCCUUCAGGAGGAGGAGAGAGGGGGAGUGAGACCACUUCCUCACCCCCCUGCACCCCCUACCCAGCCUCCAACUCCUUCUCCGCUUAUAGAGUUCCCCCAGGAAGAGCCUGAGUACCCUCGUCCGCCAGCUAGAGCCCUAGAGUAUAGAGACUCAGCGUACGAGUCUCGUAGACAUUCUCAAUUCUCUGGUAUGACCAUGGACAACUUCAGGCUGCUCAGUGUCUUGGGCCGUGGACACUUUGGCAAGGUGAUCCUAUCACAGUACCGCAACACCGGGGAGUAUUUCGCCAUCAAGGCACUCAAGAAGGGUGACAUAAUCGCUCGUGACGAGGUGGAGUCUCUGCUAUCAGAGAAGAGAAUAUUUGAGGUGGCAAACACUAUGAGGCACCCCUUCCUGGUCAACUUGUUUGCCUGCUUCCAGACGGAGGGCCACGUAUGUUUUGUGAUGGAGUAUGCGGCCGGUGGUGAUCUGAUGAUGCACAUACACGCUGACGUGUUCACAGAGCCUCGUGCUGUGUUCUACGCAGCCUGUGUUGUCUUGGGACUGCAAUAUCUGCAUGAGAGCAAGAUCAUUUACAGAGAUCUCAAGUUGGACAACCUGCUGCUGGACACCGAGGGUUAUGUGAAGAUCGCUGACUUUGGACUUUGUAAGGAAGGGAUGGGAUUUGGAGAUCGUACAGGCACAUUCUGUGGCACACCUGAGUUCCUGGCACCCGAGGUGCUCACAGAGACAUCCUACACCCGAGCCGUGGACUGGUGGGGUCUGGGCGUGCUGAUAUUUGAGAUGCUUGUGGGAGAGUCACCGUUUCCUGGAGAUGAUGAGGAGGAAGUAUUUGAUUCUAUAGUCAAUGAUGAGGUUCGCUACCCAAGAUUCCUGUCACUAGAGGCCAUUGCUAUAAUGAGAAGGCUGCUGCGUAAGAACCCUGAGCGAAGGCUUGGCUCCAGUGAGAGAGAUGCAGAGGAUGUCAAGAAGCAAGCGUUCUUCCGCAGCAUACCCUGGGAAGACUUGCUGCUGCGUCGAUUCAAACCUCCCUUCGUGCCAACUGUGCAUGGCGUGGAAGACGUGAGUAACUUUGAUGAAGAGUUUACGUCAGAACUGCCUCAGCUGACUCCUCCCAAGGACCCACGACCUCUCACUGACGAUGAGCAGACACUCUUCAGAGACUUCACUUACAUGGCUGACUGGUGUUGAUGUGGAAAUUGGGUGACCUGAGCUCAAUUUGAAACCCGGUUUUUGACUAUCUUUUUCACGGCAAUGAAAGUUUUAUAUUUAUGAGCUGCCUUAUACUUGAUAUAUUUACUAUUUUACUAUUAUUGGAUAAAUCACUGAUAUAUCAUUAAACCUGUUAUAGUAAAAUAGGUGCUGUUGUGAAGUUUUGAUCAAACAAUCAAAUUUUGUUUAACUCUGUUUACAUAUAAAUAUACCUUUGAUAUUUUGUAAGUUAAUUAAAUUGUUUCAAUUCCUAUAAUUUAGUUGUAUUGUAGUUUUUUAUUGAGCAAACACAUAUCAUUGAUCUAACAUUUUAUAUAAAAUAAAAGUGGUUCAAAUGAUCCGAAACAGCUAUUAAUAAUAUUUUAGAGCAUUAAGGGCAGGUUUAUUUCUACUUAUUUUUAUAAAAUUCUCCAGUAUUUGUCAUUUUUUAACUCAACAUUUUACAAUGCAUGUAAUUUUCUUAAAGUCAAUAGACAAGCUCAACAUUUUCAGUUAGGUGCUGGUUUUUGGGAACCAGCCAACAAAGAAAUUGCACAUAAAUCCCCUCCACCUCGAACAAUUGUUGAGGUCUGCAUCCCAGCUAUUUGGUUGUAACAGUUUUUAUUGAUCGAUAGUCGUAAUCAAGUUGUACAUUUUCAGUUGUAAAUAUCGUGUAAAUACGGUCUAUAACACAAUACCAAGGCAGCUAGCUGAGUGAGACGUGCCUUUAUGAGGGACUGGGUGAUUUAUAAAGUUGUAUAUCAUUCUUAUAUUUGAUGUAGCUGAUCAAUUACAUCAGUUUUGUAUUGAAUAGUUUUAUAUUGAUUAUCAUCACACCCAGUGCAGUGUUGUUUACUUUCCCGUUCGUUCCCAGCAUUCUUAUUAUCCUACAUAAAAUCAAAGGUUUAAGAGGUGGCUAGUCAUGUCUUGUGUUUAUAAGUGAGUUUGACAGGCAAACUGGAGUAUCCCGUAUAAACUCAUCGAAACCUUAUUCUAAAACAUUGAUAAAGAAUUGGCUUUUACAUGUGAAAAAUAAUAGCAAAACUGAUUCAGUCAAUGCGAGGCAGAUUGUGAGAGAAUGUUUUCAAGAAUGUUUCUAGCCACCUCUUAUGAAACUUGAAAACACACAAGCAUACAAGUAAUAAAGCAUAUUUUAACUUUAUCAUGAGUAUUAUUUUUAUUUAUGUAUGUUUAAACACUUUUUCAUAUUUUACAUGGGUGUUAUUUAACAGCUAAGUUUUUCUCAUUUACAACAACAAAAAGUUUAAAUCAAAUUAAAGAGUGAUGCUUAUGAAUUUAUUUUACAAUUGUGCAGAAUUUUACAACUUUAUUUCAGCUGCUUCUUUUCAGAGUGAAGUUUAUACACAUAAGAUCGUGUAUUUUUGCUACUCAAACAAAGAUAUUUUGCUGAUAUUCAGGCUACUAGGUGUUAAUAUAUAAAGAAUGUCUAUAUAAUUGAUAUAUAAAAGCUAUAUUCUACUCAAACUUUUCAUCUAAGUUCUGAGAUUUUAAACACCUAAUCUAGCAAUAUACUUUGCCUUUUAGAUACAUUAAUGCUUUUCAUUAAAAUCCAAAAUGCAUUUUAUAUAUUUAUUAUUUACCCUAGGAAUUAUUGACAAUAAACACAUUGUGAAAAGUGAUACGACUGCCAUUUUUGGUAGUUGUGCUAUGAAACGUUGUGGUUUUUAUAUUCAACAGUUUGCUCAAAGAAUUGAAAUAAUUUAAAUCGAGGUUUUUAAACUGAUCACACAUAUGAUGACUCUGAACAACCUGUACGUGAAAGUAACAUGAUUACGAAUACCACUAUAAGUAUUAUUAUGUAUUUUAAACAGUGUUUUAUAUGAAUAGAGGAGAUAUUUAAAUGGAUUUUAAAAGAUUGUAUCAAUAUAGUAUUGCUUAUUUUUAUAGAUCCUGUUUUAAUGGUUGUUUUAUUUGAAAUAAUUAAUUUGUCACUGAACGACUGAUUGAGGCUGCUUUUUUGAAGUAUUUUCACAAACGAUAAUGAUUCUAAAGCAUGUUAAUUUAUGAUAAAUCACAGAUUUAUAGCAUUUAUGUGCAUGUUAUUAGAUAUAUAAAUAUAUAUUUGGAUAUUUUAUUUUUAUUGCAACUGUUACGUUUGAGAUUUUGAAGCUUGCAGGUCUGUAUAACAAAACCUGACACUUUUGUCGGUUGUUUUUAAAGUUUUGUAAAAUGUUCAAGAACUAAUUUUAUAUUAGCUUUAGCUAGUGAUGUCUAUGCGAAUGUUUUGUUUCUAUUCUCACUGCUUAUUGUGAAUAUGUAUAAAUAAAUGUAAAAAUAUUCUAACCUGGUUUUGAAAUUGCCUUAGCUAACAUUAACUAUUAAGAUGCUCAUUAUGACUAGCUUGAUAGUCAUAUAAUCAAUUUUAAAUCAAUAUUUCUCUAGGUAUUUUACUAUUUUAAGGUCUUUAAAUUUAAACCUGUUUGAGUUAACAAUUUUUAACUUUUUAUUUGUAAAAUAUCGGAUGACCUUUUGCUUUGUAAUUUACACUGUAUGAUAAUAUGAAUCUAAAAAUGUUGUAAUAAUAAGCAAUUUAAAAUUAACUGUCGGCUUGUUUACCUUUCCAUAACAUAAUAAAUUAUGGUUUAACAUACAAUCGGAAAGGUGUGAAUGAUCAUCAAUUAUUUAUAGAUGAUUAUCAAUUGUUAUGUACUCUACUCUUUAAAAAAUCACAAUUUUUAUGUAAUCAUUAAGCACAUUUUAAACUUAAGCUGGCUUGUGGACUGUUUCUAACAUGCUUAAAAUUUUGUAUUAUCUUGAAAUAUACAGUCAGUCCUUGAAUUAUAAUAAAACUCUUUUAAGGAGGCGUUUUGUUCUCCACAUUAAACUAAGAGAGGUUCUAUAUUUACUGCACCUUUUUUCAAUGUAUCUCACACAUUGUAUUACCUAUCAAAUGUAUACCAAAAGUUAUUGGUUAUGUAUAUGGUCCUAAAAAUGCCAGUAAAAGUGCCACACAAAAAAAAUAUUGAUAAGAAGAAAUAUUAUUCUACCUUUUUUUAUGAUAGCAUAUCAUUGUAAUUGUUAUAAAGCAAAAGGUCUCUCUAAAUAUGACGGUUUUACUCUGGAGAAAUGAGGACAACGUAGUUCUAUAUUUUAAAAUUCCGCCUUAUUUUUUUCCAUGCCUGUAAGGGAAUAAUAUAUCUUACAUGGUUAAUAAAUGCAUCCAAAAUGUUUAUUUAUAAGCUAUUUAUCAAGCUCUUAUGAUUGUAUAUUACCUGUUUUAUAAUGGUUUUUAUUUCAGUUUCCUAUAAAGGCACUAAAAUCUUCCCAGACUGUUAAAUGGGUUUUAACUUAAAUGUUAGUUCCUCAUUUCUACAGAGCCCACUUCCUAUGAAUCACACAUUGCUCAUAACUACCAUAUGCCAAAUUAAUACCUAAACAGUUGUAUGUGAACUGGUGAUAUUGACUGCCAGUAGGCAAGAUCAAGUUUUUGGUCUAUUUUAAUGUUAUUAUUACUGUUACAUUCACUAGAAAUAAAUCACAUUUUAGUCUA